AUGCUCCUUAAAUCAAUGCUCACCACCGCCCUGCCUCUGCUCAUGCUGGCAGGCAACGCCCUCGCCGUCGGCUGCUCCACCCACAGCUUCACCACCUGCGAAGACAAGAUCGUCCACUGGUACGACCCCGAUACCGGCGAGGUAUGCGAUCCGCUCGACUGCGGCGGUGGCCGCGCUCCACCCAAGACCGAUGAGCCUGGAUGCCCUGGAUACACAGGCACCGAGGUCCGCACUACUUCCUACCUGUCCUGCUUCACGCCUUCCUCUGCGCUUGCAACUGCGACGACCACUUCGAAGAGCUCUUCUGCCGAGUCUACGUCUGCAUCGGAUAUGACUACAAAGGAGACGAGUGUUGCUUCUUCAACUUCGGCGAGCAGUGCUACUGGAACUGGGUCAUCGGGUAGUGGGACUACUACGCCCGCGACGACUGUGGCAGCGACUCUGUCGUCUAGCGGUCUCUCUUCCUCUGCUGCGUCCAAUGGGACGGCUUCUUCCAGUGGCUCUGCGGCCCCCGCUGCUACCACCAAUGCUGGUGAUGCGCUGACCGGUUCGUUGAUGGCUGUUGCUGGUGCUGCGAUUGGUGCAUUUGCUUUGCUUUGA